AUGGGUCUUAUAAGACGUAAACCGUUUCAAACUAGAUCUAAAAAGCGACCUCUUGAGUCUUCUAAUCGAUCAAAUAGUCAAACCAACUCUUUACUUCUUGCUGAUGACUUUUACUGGUAUGCUAACCGUCUCUCCAAUCACAAAGGCAUAUUUUUCCAGUGUCGAAUUGAUGACGUCAUGUGGCAUCCUCAGUACCAAGUUGAAGAAAUAUCCAAGGAAAUAAGGCUCCAGAUCAAUGUGGCUCCGCACAAGCAACUACAUCUAGUUUUUACUGGGCAUUCCAUCCAAGAUUCCGAAAGUUUUGAAUUUUUUGAUCCCGAACUAUCCAUCUAUACCAUCCAACUAGUCUUCAAUGCCACCUAA